UAAUGUGGUCUGAUGUUGAGAAGCUUAGUCAACAUCAUUUGGAAACUUGUUAGAAAUGCUGAUGCUUGGGCUCCACCUCAGCCAUGCUGAUUCAGACUUUGCAUGUUUACAAGAUCCCAGGUGAUAUGUACGCACAUUAACAUGAGAAGCACUGGGCUAAAUAAUCUACCACAUACACAGUUCAGUAAUAACAACAAUUAACCAACAACUUUUGAUUUUCCAAAACAGAGUCUUUUCUCUACAUUAUCAUAUGACACUUUACUUUCUUGGGGUGAAAGCAGCUUUGUUACAAAUAAUGGAUGCCAGGGCCCCACCCCAAACUCAAAAUCUCUUGGACAUGGUGUUCAGGCACUGUAUUUUUAAAAGCUCCCAGGCACAUCCAGGGUCAGAGGAAUCUCAAGAAGUCACCACAGGAUAGAGAGCAGGGUAGGUUUCAUGAAAGAGAGCUGGGAAUUUGGUCUUGAAGGAUGGACAGGAUCUGGAAGGGUUAGGAAAGAGAGGCAGGCAAGGUAUUCCAGAUGAGGUAUGGAGUGGGGUGGGAAGUACUACAGGGAAGGAGGAGAUGGAGAAAGAGGCAAGGAGAAUAUUAGAAAGCAGGCAAUCCAGAUUUCUACAUGGAAUCUCCUAAUUAUUAAAUGCUGAGAACUCUUUCAAAUAUAAAACACUAGGCUGAUCAAACCAAGUAUCUGCAUGACACACAUGUACAGUUAGAUGGCAUCUUCGCCUUCAUGCAUGGAAAAUCAGUCAGAUGCAAGACCAUUUGCUACUGAAAACCACCCUGAGUCUAGGGCAGCCUUCCCGAUGGCUCAGACCCUGAGACUCUGGCCUUGCUUCUUACUCUCUCCCCACUGGCCUUUCUCCAACUCUUCAUCUUGUCUAUUCCCCUCAGGGAAGCUCAGACAGCCCCUCCUCUUAGAAGGCUCCGUUGGUCUCUUAUCGUCAGGACCCUGAGAUCCCAGCCAUCCGCAUAUAGCAUCACUUGACACUUAAACGUGGAAGUCCUUGUAUUGUUACUUUUAACUUUCUUGUGUGUUAACUGCCAAUUUCUGGGUGAAUGACUGAGUUACAGUUGGAGCUCUGAGAAAUGUCGAGAUAAGGUUCUAAGUAAGACUAGGCACUUAGCCGGGCCUGCUGGGCGGAACUGAAUUCAUUAUGAAAAAGCUGGAAGAGAAUGAUUUCAGCCUUCGAGAGCUACGAAGGAAUUCUCCUCCUGGCUAUCUGGGCUACGUGGACAUUUUCGUGGUCUUCCUAGAGAAGUUUAAGUUUCAAAAAGCAUACCUAAGUAAAGAGAAUUGAGAGGGUGCUGCGGUGGAAAUGCCCUUCUACAAGUGAAGUGGGGCUUGCUAGUUGAGGGGUCCUAGAUGGCACCUGCGCAGCCCUGUUCUCAACCAAAGCCCCCCAAAAAGAUCCAGAGAGCCAAGUCGACAAGCGGGCUCAGCCCCAAGCUAUGGCCUAAGAGUGAGGUUCUUGUCCCCUCAGAAGAAUGAGAGUUUGCUCAUAAUUUGUGGACCGCAAUAGAAGGAGGUCUCAGGGAACCCGAGGUGGAGUGUUUGGGUUGAGGACGUGCGCUCAGAAUCCGGGUCUGCCGCGCACUGACCAGACCCCGGAGAGACUGCUGUAUCUCCCCCACCUUCGGUCUCUCCAUGGGGAUAAUUGCAGUUAAAAAGGUAUGUUCGCUAGCCGAGAGUACGCCUGCCCGGCGCCCACAGAAUCCCGAGUACAGGUUGGCAACCCGUAACUGGAGCCAGGAAACUCCACAACCUAUCACACCCGGCCGAUCCGCGUCAACCUCAGAAUCCCAGCAGCCAGUCCCAGGACAUCAUUUCCGCGCGCCGAGGGACGGAGAGGCAGACAUUACUGCAAGCGUCACUGGGAAGUGUAGUCUUUGAGGCGAAGGUGUUAGACGAGGGGUCACGGCACGGCGGAGAACUUCAGCCAGGGCCCACAUGUUUUGUGAACGUGGUUUUAAGAAAAAAGAAGAGGAAUCCAGGUGCCACAGUGGUCAUUAUCCAGCGACUGGAGAAUACUGCCCAGAAACAGUAACCUCGGAAGCCAAUGGGAGCUGCCGGCCGUCAGCGUGCUUCUGGUUGCGCCGAGCAUCCUGGGAGAUGUAGUCCUGGCGCCAGGCCGAGGAUUCUGGGUAGUGUAGUCCCGGCUCCUGCUGGAGCAGCUCCCCAGCUGUGGGCUAAAGUGACCCCUUGUUCUUUAGUGGCGCUGGCGAGUGAGACUCCCGGGUACCCUUGCCGCAGCCGUGCUCCUCCCUGCACAGAAAGGCACACAUGGCAUUCAGAGAUGUGGCUGUGGAUUUCACCCAAGAGGAGUGGAUGCUGCUGAGCCCUGCUCAGAGGUCCCUGUACAGGGAGGUGAUGCUAGAAAACUACAGCAACUUGGUCUCGCUGGGAAUUCCAUUUUCUAAACCAAAGCUCAUCACCCAGCUGGAGCAAGGGAAGGAAACCUGGAGAGAGGAGAGAAAAUGCCUACCAGCCACCUGUCCAGCAGAACCAAAGCAAGAACUCCACCUCUGUCCUUUCUGCCCUCCGGAUUUCUCCAGUCAUAAGUUCCACAUGCAGCACAUGCUGUGCAAUCAUCCCCCCUGGAUCUUCCCAUGCUUGUGUGCAGGAAAUCAUAUCCAGCCAGGGGAUCUGUGCCCGGGGGACCAGAAGAAGCAGGAACAAGCCUCUGAUCCAAGUUCCUGGAGGGAAAAAGCAGAAGGUCAAGAGAGAGAAGGAGCCAAGCUUUCAUUUGGAAAGACAAAGAAAAGGACUUUAGCAGCAUUUUCCAUGCCACCCCAAAGGCAGCCAGUCAGCUCUAGGAAUGGCAUCAAAGGAGUGGAUAUAGAAGCCAGCCCCACUCAGGCGGGGAAUCCUGAGGAAACAGACAAAUUGCUGAAGAGGAUAGAAGUCUUAGGUUUUGGAACAGUCAAUUGUGGAGAGUGUGGACUGGGCUUCAGCAAGAUGACAAACCUGCUUAGUCAUCAGAGGAUACACUCAGGGGAGAAGCCGUAUGUGUGCGGGGUGUGUGAGAAGGGCUUUAGUCUAAAGAAAAGCCUUGCCAGGCACCAGAAGGCACACUCGGGGGAGAAACCUAUUGUGUGCAGAGAGUGUGGGCGAGGAUUUAACCGGAAGUCAACGCUCAUCAUACACGAGAGGACACACUCAGGCGAAAAGCCUUAUAUGUGCAGUGAGUGUGGACGAGGCUUCAGUCAGAAAUCCAACCUCAUCAUACACCAGAGGACACACUCGGGGGAGAAGCCCUAUGUGUGCCAGGAAUGUGGGAAAGGCUUUAGCCAGAAGUCAGCUGUCGUUAGACACCAGAGAACACACUUAGAGGAGAAGACCAUCGUGUGCAGUGACUGUGGACUAGGCUUCAGUGAUAGGUCGAACCUCAUCUCACACCAGAGAACGCACUCGGGCGAGAAGCCUUAUGCCUGCAAGGAGUGUGGGCGAUGCUUUAGACAGAGGACGACCCUUGUCAACCACCAGAGGACACACUCAAAGGAGAAACCUUAUGUGUGUGGAGUGUGUGGCCACAGCUUUAGCCAAAAUUCAACCCUCAUCUCACACAGACGGACACAUACCGGGGAGAAGCCUUAUGUGUGUGGGGUGUGUGGGCGAGGCUUUACUCUGAAGUCACACCUCAACAGACACCAGAACAUACACUCAGGGGAUAAGCCCAUCAUGUGCAAGGAUUGUGGGCGAGGCUUCAGCCAGCAAUCAAAUCUCAUCAGACACCAGAGGACACACUCAGGGGAAAAGCCCAUGGUAUGUGAGGAGUGUGGGCGAGGCUUCAGCCAGAAGUCAAACCUCAUUGCACACCAGAGGACACACUCAGGGGAAAAGCCGUAUGUGUGCAGGGAGUGUGGGCGAGGCUUCAGUCACCAGGCAGGUCUCAUCAGGCACAAGAGGAAACACUUGAGGGAGAAGCCUUACAUGUGCAGGCAGUGUGGACUAGGCUUUAGCAAUAAGUCAGCUUUAAUUACACAUAAAUGGGUACAUUCAAAAGAGAAGCCUUGUGUAUGCAGAGAGUGUGGCCAAUGCUUUAUCCAAAAGUCACACCUCAUCUCACAUCAGAUGACACACCAGGGAGAGAAGCCUUAGGUUUGCAAGGCCUGUGGGCAAGGCUUUAGCUGGAAGUCUCUCCUUAACAGACACAGGAGGAUGAAAUCUCUCUACCACAAUCCAUCACUCCAGCCUGACUCUCAAACCUCUUCUCUAUUUGGGGCAAUCUUCUGAUCCCUUACAUGGUCUUUGAAAGUGAAGACGGUGGCGAGGACUAAAUCAAAAUCUUUACAGUUUCAUGAAAUGGAGUAGAAAAAUGCAUUCCAUAAGUGGUCAAAGGACAUUUGACAUAGCUUACUUUCUCCACAUUAAAUCUUCAUGUUUUGUGGCCUUUUGUUUUAAUAAACUUUG